CUUCGUAAGGUAAUUGACUUGUGUUUAUUUGCAACUUUCCAUAGACAUAACUUCACUGCAAUGAGUAAAAGAAGAGCUUCAUCUAAAACCGGAUCGUUGAAAAAGCGAGGGAAAGUUGAAGAUGUCGACCAAACAGCGGGAAACGAGGUGAAAACCUUGGUAGAGAAAGUAGCUCGCGAACUGCACAAGAAUGCAGAUCCCAAGAAAAGUCAACCCAUGAAGAAAUACCUGAGGGAUAAGUUCGAGUUUUUUGGUCUUAGCAGCCCUGUAAGGAAGAGCGUUUGUAAGGAAUUAUUGAAAGAAAAAUUGAACUCGGGUGACACGAGAGACUUCGUGCGGCUUUUAUGGACAAAACCGGAGCGAGAAUUCCAGUACUUUGCCAUCGAUUACCUCGAGAAGCACUUAGAAUCUUCCAAAGACUUUGAAGAGAACAUCCAGUGUAUGAAAGAUUUGAUCACGAACAAAUCUUGGUGGGACACUGUUGAUGCGCUAGCGUCUAAGAUGGUUGGGCAACUCGUGAAACAACAUCGAGAUUUAGGAAAAGUUAUCAUGGAAGAAUGGAUCAAUCAUGAAAACAUGUGGCUCAGAAGAACCGCCAUACUUCAUCAGCUUUCUUACAAAGAGGAAACCGACGAGGAGAUGCUGUUCCGCUUCUGCAAUCUAAGGGCAGCCGAGGAAGAAUUUUUCAUCCGAAAGGCAAUUGGAUGGGCCCUAAGACAGUACGCUCGGACUUCUGGUUCCAAGGUCAAGAAGUAUCUACUGAAGCACAAGGGGGAAUUAAGUGGCUUGAGCUUUAAGGAGGCUUCCAAACAUUUGCACUUGUGA